GUUGAUACGAUCAGGGGGACCGGAGGAAAUGAAAGAGCUUGAGAGCGUUUUUCUGUCAACCUCUGUGCCUCUUCUUCCUGCUGCUGCUGUUGAUCUCAAGGAGACUUGAACAGGGCUAUCUGUUUCCCUACACUCUGCUCAGCUCCAGCAGGGCAGACCAUUCAACAUGAAGGGCACAGGGCAGAAUAGAGGAUGUCUGCAGAUGCAUUCGGAGCCGGAGGCAGCGAUGCCCAGCAAACCCUGCAGUCCUUCUGGCCUCGUGUCAUGGAGGAGAUCAGGAACUUGACUGUGAAGGAUUUCCGUGUGCAGGAGUUACCUCUGGCCCGGAUCAAAAAAAUCAUGAAGCUGGAUGAGGAUGUCAAGAUGAUCAGUGCAGAGGCUCCGGUCCUGUUUGCCAAAGCAGCUCAGAUCUUCAUCACAGAGCUCACCCUCAGAGCGUGGAUCCACACCGAGGACAACAAGAGACGCACGCUACAGAGGAACGACAUUGCCAUGGCAAUAACAAAGUUUGACCAGUUUGACUUCCUGAUUGACAUUGUGCCCCGGGACGACCUGAAGCCGCCUAAACGACAGGAGGAGAUGCGGCAGUCAGUAGCUCCAGCAGAGCCGGUGCAGUACUACUUCACUUUGGCCCAGCAGCCUGGAGCCGUGCAGGUGCAGAGCACACAACAGGGCCAGCAGCAGGGCGCACAAACAGCCACGACCAUCCAGCCCGGACAAAUCAUCAUCGCUCAGCCACAGCAAGGACAGAUGCUGCAAGGUGCCACCAUGCAGCAGUUACAGCAAUUGCAGAUGCUUCAAGGUGCGACCAUGCAGCAGUUACAGCAUGUGCAGGUGCAGUCACAGGGCACACCCAUCACGAGUGCGCCCGUGACAAUGCAGGUGGGUGAGGGCCAACAGGUACAAAUUGUCCAAGCUGCACCUGCCCAGGGUCAAGGUCAGACAGCUCAAGCCCAAGGCCAGACCAUGCAGGUCAUGCAGCAGAUCAUCACCAACACAGGAGAGAUCCAGCAGAUCCCGGUGCAACUGAACACGGGCCAGCUACAAUACAUCCGUCUUGCCCAGCCUGUGUCUGGAGCUCAGGUGGUCCAAGGACAGAUCCAGACUCUCGCCAACGCCCAGCAGAUCACACAGGCAGACGUACAGCAAGGACAGCAGCAAUUCAACCAGUUUACUGAUGGACAGCAGUUGUAUCAGAUUCAGCAGGUGACGAUGCCAGCAGGACAGGAGCUGACCCAACCGAUGUUCAUCCAGUCCACCAACCAGACAGUUGACGCGCAGGUCACGCAGGUCAGCACCGAAUGAGCCCAACAAGGAACCUUUUCUCCACACACACACACACACACACACACACACACACAUACAACACACAUACAACACUCAUACCAGCCCAUUGGAAGCCGACAGGUGCCACCAACCUUGACAAAGGACGCCCGAUAAACUUCAGUUAUAAGCACUGCUGAUCUAGAAGAGGGACCUGAAAUCUUGUAACACUCUUUGUAAUAAAUUUAGUACACUGGAUUAAAAAACAACAACAAAGGGACACGGAUUGACUCGCUCAAAAUAACAUGUUAAGUUGCAUCCAUGCUUAGACUUUUUGUACUUCUGUCACCGACCAUUUGUAGAGAAAAUAUGCAUCCACUGCCACAGACUAACUAAACUAUACUUCCAUGUCAAAGCUUCAAAGAUUUUUCAAACAUGAAAAAGUGUUUCCUUUAUUCCUGGCGCCUUCCUUUCUGGUGUUUAUUUGGAAAUGAAUUGGGAAAGUGUCCGUUUCUCUCUACAUAUCAUGCUCCUGGUAUAUCUGUGGUUGAAGGCCGCCGUGGGAUUCUUCACCUCCUGAAUCAUACCCUCUUUAUUGUUUUCCAUAUAGUUGGUGGAUGAAAUGAAGCCGUAUACCUCAGAUAUCACUUUUUAGAGAAAGUCAAUCUAAGGGAUCUUGAGAAGAGGUUAUGAAGUUUCGGUGAUUUCAUGUAGUUUUCUCUCGUGUUGUUUUCCACAUUGAAGAUGAAGCAUGACUUUAUGUUUUCAGGGGCUUCAAACUGUAUAGGUUAACUGUGUAUGUGAGGGUCGUCUUUACCCUUCCAAGUUGUUCCUUCCAUGUACUCUUUCUUUCUUCAGAGCAGGGAAGCUCUUCUCUGCCUCUAUGCAGCUUCACUCAACCCUCUUUACCCGGGUGUUUUUUUGAGUCUUGCACCCUGGUUUAAGUCUCAUGUAUAAAAACCAUCUGGAGCAAAAACACGACCUUUUUGUAGAAUUCCCUUUUUUGUUAAUACAAUUGUUUUUCUUUUGAUUUUAAAAUGAUGUUUGGCCUCAUUUCCUCCCACUCGUUUUUUGUACAGUAUUGAUUGUCAAUGUUCAUAUUAUUGUUGUUUUUUUGCAUGUAGUUCAAACUGUCAGCAUGACAUGCAAUAGAUAGGUACAAUUUUAUUUUUGAUGUUCCUUUUUGUAAACAAACUUUGUUUGUGAGAAAAAAAUAAAAACCAUAACUUGUCUAAGA